AUGUUAUACAAAGGCAUCACCACUGGUAAAUUUAAAUUAAACAUCAAGGUAUUAAAUACCAUCGAUCCUAAUCAAAAAGCUGAAGUGAACAUCAAUCAUGGAAUUAUUGAAAUUAUUUUCAAAAAACUUAGAUUUCAAAAAGAUGUUCAUAAAGAGAUUGCUUCAAAAGUUGAAUUGGGUUGCAAAAUUCCACCACCAAAUGUUGUAUUACUCAAACCAGCCAUCUUCAGGAGAACUAAAACCUACCAUAAUGAAAAUUUGACUGAAAGAUUCAUCUUAGGCCAGUGGCAUACUUCAAAAUCUAUGGCUAAUGCCUUAAUAACUGCUUUCAGUGGAUAUGCCAUUUACAAUAUUGCUACUGCACUUGGAGUUCGUUUUUAG